AUGUUUUAUAAAAAAACGAUAGGUAAAUUAUUGAUUGGUGGAUGUUCUAAAAUACAGUUGGAAACGUUACGGGAGCAAAGUAGCAGACCUCGAUUUCCUUUUUUUAACAAACACAUGAAAGUAACCGAUCCAGCCAGACAGGAAGUCGAUCAUUUCGAGAAACUCGCUCAUGAAGUACCGAUUGAUAAACGAUAUGUAGAUGCACUGUCGCUUUUAUGGAAGGAAAAAAUUGGAAGUGAACGAGAAGUGAAUUUUAAAGGAGAUGAUCGUAUGAUUGGAGUCAGGUCGAAAGACUGGGUUCCAAAAAUUGAUGAGAAUGCACCUAAGGCUGAUUAUGCUGAAUUGGAUUGGGAUGACGUACCGGAAUCUGUGAGGAAGAUUUUUAGCAUUAAAUUUGGCGAAAGGCGAGAUUAUUCUGAUGCGUGGAAGAAAGCUUUGAUUGACAAAGUUCGAAAGCACGAGCUUGACAAAAAUUCAUUGGAAGUAAAAAUUGCUUGGACAACUGGUGUAAUACGUUCAUGGACCUUGUUAGUGGAAGAAAUUGAUAAUAAGCCAAAAAAACCAGCUCAUAUUGUACAGCCUCUCCACCUAAUGAUUGCUUAUCGUCGAAAGUUACUAAGACAAUUACGUGAAGUUGAUACAGCAGCUUUUGAUAAGGUUUUGUCAGAAUUAAAAAUCGCUUAUCAUGUGCCAAAACGUCCGGAAGAACAGGUUGAAAAAAGACGAAAAGCAUGGAUUGAGGCACUCUUAAAAGAGAGAAUUGAGAAAGAAAAGGAUUUAAAAAUGGAAGAAGAACAUCAGAAAUACAUUCUUGAACGAAAACGGCUUGGACCUGAAAUCAAGAAGCGUUUGCUUGAGUUAGAUGCUAAAGAAGCUGAAAUCAAAGCGCGCUUAAAAGAAAUUGCGAAGAUUCAGGGAGAAAUGCCAGAAGGAUUGCCGAAAUACCAGCCAAAACUAAUAGAAGAAUUAUCAGAAAUAGCAGCGCAUGCUCUUUUAUAUCAUCGACCGACUAAUUUGAUGCCAGUAGAUGAAUCACUCAGUACAUAA